UUCAGGCUGAUGGCUCUAUCAAAACCUGAGAUUUUUUCACUGGAAUGCAGUGAGCUCCCUGAUCAGGUUCUGUUUGUGGGAGAAGUAACCUUGGGUGAGAAUGCCAGAAGCAUCAUGCAACAGAAGACUGAAAAGCAGAAGCAGAAACAGAGAAUUUUAAUGGCUGCAGUUGCCCUGCUCAACUCUGGUGGGGGUAUAGUCCAUGCGGAGAUCAAUAAUGAGAACUACAAGUAUAGAAAAGACAAUUUAGGCCUGGACCUAGAAGAGGCUUUGCAACAGCUGGUUCAUCCAUCGGCUGUAGAAGAUUACUUUGGGUUUUUGCAAAUACGGAUGAACUUCUUCAUUUUUGUGAAAACAUGGAGCUCCACUGGGGGUCGGGUACGUCUUUGUAGUAUUGACACUGGCCUCCGAAUAAGAUCUGGAACGUCAGCUUUAAAUGUUGGAAAUAAUGGAGUAGUAGGUUUUUUAAACGAUCAGAAGAAAAAUUUGGCAAAAGGACAAGGUGAUGAGCCUGUGGCAAAGAGACGCCGCUCUUCGUCUGAAGAUAGACCUAAUGGUCAGCAGCUGUUUGAAAGACAGGAAGUUCAGCUUGGAGAAGAGCUACCAUUUGGGGAGAGUGUGAAUGUGGAGCUGAAGAGUUUUAGUAAUGAAAAAAACCUUUCUAAAAGACUUAAAGAAAUCAUUCCAAAGUACAUAAGUGCCUUUGCCAACACUGAUGGGGGCUACCUCUUCAUUGGUGUUGAUGACAAAACAAGAAAAGUUGUUGGAUGUGGCAAAGGUCUUGAAAAGAAUUUCAUAAAGACAGAAGUCGAAGACAUGUGUCUCAGGGUCAUUUCGGUUCACUGCUCAGGCUGCACUCAGGAGAAUGACUGGUCUGUGGAAGUCCGCAUCCUCGACGUUCUUGGGGGAAAUGCCAGUGACCCUCUAUAUAUUGUGGCCAUACACAUUCCAAAGUUUUGCUGCACUGUUUUUGAAAAACAUCCGGAUUCAUGGCACCUUGAGGGCACAGAGGUGUGCCAGAUACAGGCUGCAGUCUGGAUGGAAAAGAUGCAGGUGACUGAUCCAGCUGCUGAUGAUUUGUGUACUCAGUUUGAGAAAGUGCUCAGUCAGAAUGCUGCUCCUCCAAAAUGCAAGCCAGUCUAUGGGAUCAGAGAUGACCACCUAAGUUCUUUGCAGCAGAAAUUGUUCCCUGUUUAUGAAGGAAAAGUAACAAUUAUACCCGAUGACCUUAAAAAACAGCAAUGGGAAAAGUAUCCAAAUCUUCAAGACUUUAUACCAGAAGACGGACAAGGAGUCCUGAUUCUCUCCAACAGCUGGGCAGUUGAUAUUGACAGACCAAAAAACAAUGAGGUCAUUUGUGAAGCCCUCCUGAUCUGUAAAAAGGAUUACCCUAAAAUUUUCUUCAUGGUGAAAAAUGGAAGCUCUGAUCUGUGGGAAUAUGCCAAGGAUACUGCCUUCCACCUUAGACAGAAGCUUGUGAAUCUUGGAGGCUAUUCAGGAUGGGUCUGUGUGAUCCCACAACUGGUGAACUGUAAGACAGGGCAGUUACUACCAAGAAAUCAGGGUAGUCCUGAUACUGUGAUAGAGCAUCGGUACCCAAAGUGCUACAAGCCUGAGAACAUGGAGGAAGUGCGAGCCUUACUACAGGCCCUGGUGAUUGUAGUAAUGAGCUUCACUUCAGCACUCAGCAAUCAGUUAGGGCAGGAGUUCUUGAAUUUG